AUGAAUUUAUUUUUAACAUUUAUAAUAAAUACGAAACGCAUAUAUAAAAAAAGUCAAAAAAUAGUGAUAAAUAGGAAAUUAAAAUCAAAUAAAAUAAAUUUUUUAAGAGUGAAGUUAGGUAAAAUAAGAAGAAAUAAAAAAAAUAUGGUUAAUAACAGUGAUUUAGAUAUAUUAAAAGAAGCUAAAAUAAGUCGUGAAAAAUUGACAAAUAUAUUAUUAAUAGUUGAUUAUGAUGGUACAUAUUAUAAUGGAUGGACAGGUUUGGAAAACAAUAGUGAAGUAUAUUUAAAUGCAACAAAAAAUUAUAAAAAUAAAAAGAAUCCCAUUAUAAAAAGUGAAAUUAAAUAUAAUACAGUACAAAAUACAAUAUUGAAUUGUAUAUUAAAAAUACAUGGAUAUGGAGAUAUAGAAAAUUUAGACAGUUCUGAAAAUUUAAAGCCUUUUGAUUUUAUAGGAGUAAGUAGAACAGAUAAAGGGGUGCAUGCAAAAGAAUAUGUUUGUCAAUAUAUAUCAUAUGAAAAAAAACCUCCCUUUAAUGGGAACUUGAAUCAAAUAAAAAGAUCGUUAAAUGGUUUAUUAAAUAAAGAUAUCAAAAUAUUAGGUGUUUUAAAUUCACCAUUUGAUAAUUUUAAUGUUAGGUAUCAUAAUUUAGGAAAAAUUUAUUCUUAUAAUGUUGACAUUAGAAUACCUAGCCAACCUUUUGAGAGAAAUUAUGCUUGGCAACUUUGUGAAGAUCCAAGAUUUUCAUUUUUGUUAAAAAAAGAAAAAACUGUAAAUGGAGAUAUUAGCAGAAAUAAUGACAAUAAUAAAAAAAAUGACAACCAUAAUAAAGGAAAUAGUUUAUGUUUUAAAAACUAUUGUGAAGAAAAUCUGAAUUUUCUUUUUGGUGAAAAAUGUGAAGAUACAAAUAAAAAUGAAGAAAUAAUCAAUUCAACUGAGAGCGAUUGUGAUUCAAUAACCAAUAUAAAAGAAAACAAAAAAAUUGAAGAUGGUUUAAAUUCUUCAACUAAAAAAACAAAUAACAACAAUAUUAUAUAUGAAUAUGACACUAUGAAGGAAAAAAAUACUAGUAAUACAAUGGAUAACAAUUUAAAAAGCAGUUAUCAUGAUAUAUCCCAUAGUAUAAAUAUAAUAAAUAACAAAAAAGAAAUUAGACCUGCAAUAUCAUGCAAUAUAGAAAAAAUUAAAGAAUGCUCCAAAUUGUUCAUAGGGUACCAUAAUUUUGAAUGCUUCAGAGGUACUUUAAAGGGAACAGAAAAGUUACGAAAAAUUAAUACUUUUUGUAAUAUUCAUUUUUUAGAUGUGUAUGAAUUAAAAAAUAAUUUAUAUCAAUUUGUUAUACAAGGAGACAGAUUCUUAUAUCACAUGAUAAGAAUAAUAGUAGGUACCCUUGUUCAAAUUGGUGUUGGACUUUUAAAAAUACAAGACGUAAAAGAUGCUUUAUAUUUAUCUAAACCACUUAAAGUAAAAUUAUGUGCUCCUUCUCAGGGGCUAUGUUUAAAAAAAAUUUUAUUUGAUCCUUCUAUUCAUAACUUAAUUAAUUCAGUAAUACAAUAUAAUUAA